AUGUUUGAUUUGAAGUCUUCGUCUACUUUCCUGGAACAGCCCGUGAAAGAUUUCUACGAUAAGAUUAUAAUACCAGCAGCGUAUGAGACGAUCUCUGAUCCUGUCCGACAAGAGAUUCCUCGAUCCUACGAUAUUGUCUACGCAAAGUCCCGUGCGUUCCAGGAGAAACCCGGUACCGGCCGUUGGCUUCCAGAAGAUGAGGGCCGCGUCUUUCAGCUCCGCUAUACACUUCCUGCUCAAGAGCUCCGUCUCUUCUGGAAAUCUGUUGUUGAAAAGGCAAACACUGUUGAUGUGGCCACUCAACGUGGUGAGAAAAUAGCAUAUUUCCAGAAUCCACAAUUGCUUUUUCAGGCACACGACCUGAAAAACACAAUUGCAAAGCCGAGCUUGGACGUCACUCUGUCUCUUUUCCGGGACACGAUUCUCGCUGCCCUCGACCCGGAUCACCUCGAUGUUCACUCUUGCUGGCUUGAUAUUGGGGCUCGUGACUAUGUAUCGAGUUCGUCAACUUCGACUCUUGCCGGGCUGAAACCGUAUACCCUUCUUUGGAAAAGCCAUUGUCUGGCUGGCCUCGAUAAGCAGCUGUCGUUGCUCUUGGCUGAGAGUUCAUUGGCACCUUCUCACUUUCGCUCAUUUCUACUGCGGGACGUAGGCACCUACGUCUCCAAGGCAAAAUCGAUGCGGGGCUUUAACCCCGGCCACCCAGACGCUCGUAGGCCUGCUAUCAUCCGCGCCAAGGCAUACAACUGCAACAAAGAACCGUUUUCAGUCAUGCACAGAGACUAUCGCCUCUUCGGCUCUGGAUUUCUUCCGCUGCUUGCUCUCGAUGAAGCAAUGAUCCGAGACCUUGCAGUCAACAAUCAGAACCAUCAGCGCGCCUCUAAUGGUGACCUCAACGGAGGUGCUGGUGAAACAUGCAACAGCGUGAUCAUUGAUUUGAGAAACUCUUGUGCCUCGCACUCAUAG